AUGGAGAAGUUAUUAGGCUUCCGGAUUGACGGCGUGAUUGAUCUCGAUCGACCCGCCACGGUGCAGCACCUUUCAGUACCACCACUGAAAGCGUCGUCGCACCGUUGCUGGCUGCUACGCUGCCUUCCUGCUGCACAGCUACGCUGCUACGCUGCCUUCCCGCUGCACCGCUACGCUGCUACGCUGCCUUCCCUCUGCACUGCUCCGCUGCUCCGCCGCUCCGCCGGUGCUCUGGUUCUCUGCUACACUGCUCAGCCUCGGCGCUCCGCUGCCGUAGAUGGCUCAACGUGGAAUUCUCUUCGGUGCCUAAUGCAGAUUAAUUUA